AUGCUCCUAGACGCUGGUGCCGAUGUGAGGGCUCAGGGUGGUUUUUUUGGCAAUACCCUACAGGCUGCGGGUGGUCAUUUUGGUAAUGCCCUACAGGCUGCUGGUGUAUACGGGAAAAGCAGUGAGAUUGUGCAGAUGCUCCUAGACGCUAGCGCCGAUGUCAAGGCUCAGGGUGGUAAAUACGGUAAUGCCCUAUAA